CCAACCGCCAUUUAAAACAAAAGAAGAAGAUUCGAAACAAGCGUUUUGUAAAUGUUUCAGUUUCACAAAGCAUCAAGUAUGACUGUCUUACUUUCUCAAAAAUACUCGGAUUAUAGCAUAAGGAUCCAGAUGAAGCGACUGUGUGUCCCAUUGCUGUGAGUCACCAGAAUGAUUUCCCAGGUGACUCCCACUCUGUAUCUGAGUGGAGUGGAGGCCCUAAAUCAGUCUGCACUUGCCAACCGAGGUGUCACUUUGCUCGUGAACGCCUGUGCUGAGUAUCCCUGUCCGGAGUACCAUGGUGUGGACUGCAUCUGUGUACCUGUAGAGGACCAACCCCACGCCCCUCUAGACCAACACUUUGACAGUGUGGCUGAGCGGAUUCACCAAAACCGCAGUGGAAGCUCGCUGGUGUACUGCUCGGCAGGUAGAAGCAGAUCUCCUUCACUGAUCAUGGCGUAUCUCAUGAGGUAUGAGGGCAUCUCACUUCUUCAGGCUCAUCAGUGGGUUCUGGCAGCUCGGCCCUUCAUCCGACCAAACGCAGGGUUCUGGAGGCAGCUGCUGGAGUAUGAGAGGAAACUGACCCAUAGAAACAGUAUCAAGAUGGUGGCCACCUCGCAGGGUGUCUUACCAAAAGCCAUACAGCCAACACAGGACUCUUCAUACUGCCUUAAUUUAUAACACAGGACUUUUUGAAGAGGUUUCUAAGAAAAUGUAUGUAUUGUUUUAAAAACUUUAUAAUAUGUACAUUAGGGGUCUCCAACAUUUUUGUGAGCAAGGGCUACCAUAAUGGAUAAAACAUUCUGGAGGGCUAUUUUUGAUAUAGUCUAAUCAAAACUUUAUUCUGUCACGUUGGAGACCCCUGAUGUACAUAAUAAUCUAAAAUAUCUAGAAUAACACUCACAAAAAGUAUUAAAUAGUACUAGUAAUAGUUUUGGAUAGGGCAUUGUGGGUUUCUGGACAUUUUUAUGCAGUUUUUAUUAGGUUUAAGGUGAAUUAAUACAUUUUAACGCAAGGUCCUCGCUGAACGUAAUGACAGAAAUGUUAAUGGUUAUAAUGUUAAUAGUCUAUAUGGUAAUAAUAUGUUGGGUUUUGUUGGUGUGAUGUUAUCUGGCGGAUGGGAACCAUAUAGACUGACCACCAUUAAAUCCUUCUGGAAUAAGAACCGAAACACUACAUAAAGUAAUUGUAUAAUGGUUUCAGUGGUAAAAACUGAUAGUUCAUAAUGGCAUUUGUACUUUAAAAUUUGUGUUAGUUUUGGGUGAAUGUUAAUUAAAAAAUCAAUGAUA